AUGGCGAACACCUCUGAAAGCUUCGAGCAGCUCUUGGACAGCUCCUUGCAAAGUUUCCGGAAGAUUCUCUUGGAGGCCCAUUUCCAGGACAGCUUGAUACGGUCCCAGGCACUCAGAGUGUCAUUGGGUGGAGCUGGAGAUUACAUUCAGCCUGAAGGCUCAACCAGCUUGGGCGCAUUUUCGGCUUCGCGGGUGCGUCCGGAGUUUUCCAAUAGCUCUGACGACGCUGUGAGUGGCCCUGAAGAAGGCUCAAGUCAAACCUUCUUGCCCUCUGCUCUUCAAGGCCUCACUGACGAGGAGGCCAGUACAGUGAAAAACCGACUGCGUCUACGCCUGGGCAUUUUGCCCAGCACCAAGAUGGUGUCUGGACAGACCUUGCACGAAGCGGUGGCUGCGCUCGGGCUCACACGUUAUGAAGAGGAGGACAUGAAUGACUUGGUGAACCACCUAGCCGAUUUCAUUGGCCUCAAGUUUGAAGACAAGGGCAGGAAGAAGGAGAAACGAGUGACCAUGAUGGGCAACCUUUUUGGCGCAGCGGCUAUCGAGGCUAAGGUGACUCACGGCUCGGCCAGCUGGGAGUGGCCUGAAGCUGACCUCACCAAUCCAGGUCGCCAUAGGAGUGCUUUUAAGCUGGUGAACCAGCAAGCCACUUCCACCUACAACGCUGUGCCUGCGCAGGCUUUGGUCGAAAUCUUCUUAGCACGUGACGGCGAGAUUCACAAGCGGAUCUUUGGUCCACGGUUGAUCACACAGUUCCGUGGCAGGAAGUGGGGCAGGCUAUGCUACAGGAAGUAA